UAUGGACCUGAAAUCUCAAGUCGGAGAUUUGGAGGAAAGUCUUCUCGAUCAUCUUUUCAAUGAGAACCAGAAGCUGAGAGAGGAGAACGAGCGACAGGCCCGACAACUCCGGGAGAAAAACACGUUAAGGCUUAAAGCUGAGUCGGAGAGACAGGACUAUAGGCUGGAGUAUUUCAACUAUCGUCUCAGUUACACAAUGGCGCAGGCUGAGCUCCAGGAACUGAAGCAGACGCUAGAGGAACUGGCGGGGGACUGGGAGAAGGAGAAGCAGACAGAGAUGGAGCAGAGGAAGAAGCUGGAGGAAGAGCUGGCAGCUCUCCAGCGCCAGACUGCCCCUCUGACCUGUCACACUCCUGCCAAUAAGCGGACCAGUUCCUCCAGCGUCGGUCCUCCAGUUCAACCAAGGAAGGCUCGAAGACCUUACACAGGAAAGUCAAAGGACAAGGUUCCAAGCCGGAUCUCACAUGUCAAGACAGACUUCUCUGCUUCCGGUGACAACUUUGUGAAGGCCAAGGCCACAGAUAAGAAUGAAACCAAGUUGAAGGUCACUUCCAGUGUAAGAUCCAUUCUGAAAGACACCAAGAGAGAACAGGGUGCUGAAAGGAAACCAACCAGAUCCUCCAGGAACCUUUCUGUGAGAUUCUCAAAGGAAAUGCCAGUUGGAAAGAUCCGUCGCGAAAUGUAAUUACGACCCUCGCCACAAGGAACAAACUUUAUAAACUGUUUAAUUGUUGGUUCUUUAAUUAAUAUUGAUUUCACAUUCUUUUAAUUCCGUGUGUAAAAUAAUCGCUGAU